GAACCUUCACAGAUCUUCCUCAUCUUCACUACUUACAUCUCGACAGUAACCAGCUGACUCACAUUCCUGCUGGAGCCAUAGAAUUCGGUGGGAAAGGCAAUCUUCACCUCCAAAGCAAUAGCAUCAAAAGCAUUGCCAUUGGCGGUAUUACAGGCGUCAACGCUGGCCACAUCUACCUGGCGAGGAACUCCCUGGUGGUGCUCGAGGAGGACGUGUUCCGCCCGUUUCUUGAAGGAGGAGCCACGCUCGACAUCGACGACAACCCCCUCGGCUGCGGCUGUGACCUCGCCUGGCUCGUCACCAACAGCUAUUUCAUGGCCCUCACCUCGCCGGCCGCCUCUUGCUACGACGGGGAACUCCUGGCCAGUCUCGAUCCAGCGAUUUAUGUAGAUUUGUGCUAACUGAAGGCGCCGGAGGGUGAACUAUUUUGAGCAAAGACUAUAUAAUAAAGAUAGGGAAGCACGCAUCACAUCGAUUGAAAAGAUGUGAGGCCCAAAUCUUCAUAAAACGCCAUCUAUUGUUCAGAUCACUAUCCAUCCAACCGGUGGGACGGACAGGCUUCAGGCUUUGUGCCAGGCUUUCCUAUCUUUCGUAUAGAGUCUUUGGUUUUGAUGAAUAUGACGAAGCACUUGUCAGGACUCAGUGAAUACGAAGAACAAUUUAUAAUUC